UUAAUAAAAAUGUUUGAAUGAUAUAAGACUCCAGAAAGGUGGACCUUCACAUCAUUAAAGUUUGCUAUAGACACUCUUUAUUGUUUAGCGUGUUGGACUUAGUUUCUCAUAGAUCAGACAAUGAAAGUCGUAUUACUCUGUUUGGUGGUCAUCGCUCUGGCCUCAGCUGGUGUGGUUGAGAAAAGACAGAUUUGUGCCAACCACUGUAAUCAAAACACACUCUCCGGGUGUCACCACGACCAGGUCUGCGUACAACAUGGAUGUAAUCACUUCUGCGAAUUCAUUAUAAAGAAACGCCAAGACUGCCCUCCCGUGUUGUGUAAGAUGUACUGUGAACGGGGAUUUGCUAAAGGUUCUGAUGGAUGUCCCAUUUGUGCUUGUGCCUAAGUGACUUUUGUCAAACUCAAGAGGCUUUUGUCCCUUGUUUGAACAGAAUGUAAAUGUUCCCUCAGUUUGGACUUAUACAAUACAUCUAGAGUCCGUGUCAAUAGCUGAGUACUCUUAAUAAAGCAAAUGUCAUUAAAAUA